UUGAGCAUGCGCCGGAAAUGUGGAGGAGGCAUGAUCGGCAUAACUUUUUAAUCAGGAGCUGCAGGCCGCGAAUCGAUCAGGCAGAAUGCGCUUUUUUGAGGCAUAAUAGUGGGCUUCUCUCGUGACAGGACCGCGCUGCUCCGCUUGAGGCCGCUGGAUGGAGAAACAGCAGAUAUGGCGAGCUAACCGGGUCGAGCAGGAGCGGAGCGAGUGUGCGCGCGCGUGAUUUUGUGUGUGAGCUUGUUGGCCACAAUGAAGCGCAACAUUCAGAUCAUCGAAUGGGAGGAUCUGGACAAGAGGAAGUUCUACUCUCUGGGUGUCUUCAUGACCAUGACCACACGGGCUGCUGUCUACCCCUUCACCCUGAUCCGCACCAGACUGCAGGUCCAGAAGGGGAAGUCGCUCUAUAACGGCACCUUCGACGCCUUCUGGAAGAUCCUGAAGGCCGAGGGGACACGAGGCCUUUACCGAGGGUUCAUGGUCAACACGUUCACGCUGAUCUCAGGUCAGGCCUACGUCACGACCUACGAGCUGGUGAGGAAAUACGUGUCCUGCUACUCGUCCAAUAACACGAUCAAGUCUCUGGUGGCGGGCGGCGCAGCCUCGCUGGUGGCCCAAAGCAUCACGGUGCCCAUCGAUGUGGUGUCCCAGCAGCUGAUGGUGCAGGGUCAGGGCUGUCAGCUCACACGCUUCAAACUUAAGCCCAGGAACGUGACGUUUGGCCAGACCAGAGACAUUGUGGUGCAGAUUUUCCACGCCGAUGGAUUUCGGGGGUUUUAUCGUGGAUAUGUGGCGUCGCUCCUCACCUACAUCCCCAACAGUGCCAUCUGGUGGCCCUUUUAUCACUUUUAUACAGAGCAGCUCUCCAGACUGGCUCCAGUGGACUGUCCGCACCUGCUCCUGCAGGCCGUGGCGGGACCGAUGGCUGCAGCGACAGCCUCCACCCUCACCAACCCCAUGGACGUGGUCCGAGCCCGAGUACAGGUCGAAGGUCGUUCGUCUGUGAUAGAGACGUUUAAGCAUCUCCUGGCUGAAGAGGGUUUGUGGGGUCUCACCAAGGGUCUUUCUGCACGCAUCAUUUCCUCCCUGCCCACGACGGUCAUGAUCGUCAUCGGGUACGAGACACUAAAGAGACUCAGUCUGCGGCCCGAACUGGUGGACAGCAGACACUGGUGAAAACGCACAUACCUCAGCCUUUUAUUAUUUUCACGUUUUAUGAGGACCAGGCAAUAAUUGGAGGCAAUAAAAAUCUCUCCCUGUUUUUGUAUAUUAUGUAACCUGUGAACUCCGUUGAGUGCGUCCGGACCUGUAUUUUGUAGUGAGACGUCAUGAAACGCCUUAUUUAUGCUUUUCUCCCGGAAUAUGAGAUUUUGAAGUGACAGUCAUUUUGAAAUGGUGAUUUUGACACGUUUUUGUCAAUCUCAAGCAGUGCUCUUCACGUCAUCUGACAGGAAGUGAGAUCAUCACAUCUGUUACAUGGUAAGAAGAUUGACAACAUGUAUGGCUUUUCACACUUGAAACCCUGGAUCGUUUUUAUAACCCCUGCAGCAAAGUUAUUAAUAUUGUUUGGAUUAGUGCUCUCAGUCUUCUGAAACCCAAAUAUUGUCUAAUUUUAAUAUUCCAGUUUCAUAUUUUUAAGUGUUGAUCUCAAACACUUAAUGUGUAAGAUUUUUAUGACUUUUACACAUGCAUAUUAAAGCUCAUGUAUAUUUAAUGA